GUGAGUCACUUGUUUUUAACAGACGUUUUGUUGUGUCAAAGUGGUUGUACUUCAUGUGACAUCGGUUCCUAGUUCCCAGAUUGCAAGAAUGAAAUAAAAAAAAUGAUCUGUGCGAGUCGAUAGAGAGCAACCCCUCUCGAGAUUCCCUACGAAAACGUGUUCUGAAAUACCCGUUACCAAGCGAACAACAUGGUUUCUUGUAGUGCUCUAAUUAGUUGUACAUAUUUAAACAAUAAUUUUGCGAGGUUUAUUUGAACAAGAUAAUGCCAUUAUAGUGCCCAAACCAAGGCAGCGUGCUUGCUAUUUAAGAUGGAUUCCAUCAGAAAAUGGUUGUACAAGCCAAAGAGGGACGACAAAUCCCUGCUGGCCCAGUUUUUCUACGCAGACGAAGACCUGAACAUCGUGGCCAACGAACUGGACAGCUUCGACGGUCGCAAAGAUCCUGAACGCUGCACCACGUUGGUCAACCAGCUGCGCCAGGCCCAGGACAAGGUUCUCACCGUCACCAACGCCAUCAUGGACGUGCUGAUAGGUGACGAGCGGGCUAACAGGGACUUUCGGGUUAAGUUCCCAGAAGACGUCCUCCAGGAAAACCUGGCAGGGCAGCUGUGGUUUGGAGCUGAGUGUCUCGCCGCCGGUUCCUCUAUAAUGAACCGAGAAGCGGAGAGCACCGCCAUGCGUCCCCUUGCCAAGGCCGUCACCAAGAGCCUGGAGAAUGUACGGAAUCUCCUGCGGGCCGCCUGCCUUCGAAAUAACACCCCCAACGGCCCCAUCAAGCUCGACUCCAACGAACUAGUCACAGAGAUGCUGCUCGAGAGCCUCAAGAUUUUCGAUAAACUUUUCGCGGAAUUCGAACUGGCCUACGUGAGUGCUAUGGUGCCUGUGAAAUCCACCCAGGAGUACGAGCUCCAGGAGCUCAUCGGCGUACUCUUCUCAGAGACCCUCCAACGGGCCCUGAAGAUGAGGCUGCUGACUCAGGAGAUGGUCGACGAUUGUGAUCCCGCGCUGAUGUUCACCAUCCCCCGAUUGGCGAUAGUUAGCGGCCUUCUCAUCUUCCCGAACGGGCCCCUGUGCAUCGACAAAUCCGUGGAGGAGAUGAGCGAGAUGUUCCGACCGUUUAGGACUUUGCUUCAUAAGAUACGCGAGUUGUUGUGGACCUUAAACAAGAGGGAAUUGUACAUGCUAGAGAAAUUGCUGUGUGAUAACGAACAGAUUAGUGACGUGAAGGCGGUGAGUGACGUAGACGUGCAGAGUGACUUGGACUACUUCAUAGGACAGUUUUAUAACGACUAUCCCCUCUGUAAUGAUUACAUUUCUACUUUUGGUAAAGACGAAAGACCUCCUAAGGAGGAAAUAAGUGUUCAUCAGGGAACUAUACAACGAAGCCCUACCACUGUAACAGUGGAUGUACCCUCCACAUCGGGCUAUUUAAUCGCAAACAGCGUGGCGCACAGUUGCGUACCCAAUCUUUUGGCUAACGCUGUAAGAGGGGACUCGCCUCCAGAUCACGACUCCCUGGAGGUGAUAUCCGAAGCAGCGGCAACACUGUCUUCGAUCCUCACCACCGAGGAGGUGGUCGCUUCCAAAACGUCCAAAGUCAAGUUGAACGCCGAGGACUUAGAAUCGCCCAACGAUUCGGGGAUAUGCACUGAAACCACCAGCUUAGACAGAUCACCAAGCCUAGACCUGAACGAGACGAAGAACUGCCAAUGCGCUGGGAACUCCUCUUCGGCGAUGUGCAGGUGUUACUCCAAGAUACCCGCAGAUACUGCUGGUGGCAGGAAAGCCCUACACGCUCAAACGGAUCUUUCCCCUGUGGGAAGCAGAUUAAUCCCCAGGUCGGCCUUUCCCGUGAGGAAGAAAAAAGUGAUAAAAAGGACGACAGACAGCAUUGCAGACGAGGAUUCCUCGAGCACUGGCAGUUCGGAGACCUCUUCGUUUAACAGCAAUUGUGCCGAUGACGAGGAGAUAGCGUUGGCGCUGCAAGCCGCCGAAUUCGCAAGUAGGAAUGAAGUUCGGGCUAAGUACAGGUCAAGUGAGGAUCUCAUCCAUCGCCUCUUUGUCUGCAUCGCUGGAGUGGCCGACCAACUUCAAACCAAUUUUGCAUGCGAUCUGCGCAACAUCCUCAAGUCCGUUUUCCUCAUAAAUGCCUCCGAUGCCACUGAACCUGCCAAAAGUCUGGAAAACAGCACAUUAGAAGCUUCCAUCGAGUACCAUCCCUCUGAACAUGACGUCAUAGAGAACGAGUUCUCUGUGGACCCCAACAUUCUAGCUCAAGAAGCCUUAUUUGACACCAAUGUGUACUUCCACUUGGAUAACGAGGACUGUCCCGUUUCUGAUUAUUCCAACCAUCCAAGGCAGAUCCAAGCAGACGAACGCAGUCUGCAUUCGCUAUCUUCGGACCUUACCAGAUAUGCGUCUUUAAGGGAAGACUUCGUCAACCUUCAUCCUGCAGUUGCUCAAGAGCCCGAAAUCAACCACUAUGAAGCCCAGGAGAGGCCGCCUGUUUGGAUUCCGGAUGUGGAGGCUCCAAAAUGCAUGAGCUGUGGUGCUAAUUUCACAGUGGUCAAGAGACGGCAUCACUGCAGGAACUGUGGGAAAGUAUUCUGCGCUAGGUGUUCAUCCAACAGUGUACCUCUGCCCAAAUUUGGGCACGUCAAACCCGUCAGGGUUUGUAAUAAAUGUUUCAUAUACAAUUUAACACCAUUUACCAUGUGAUUACUUUUAUGGUUGUUCCACUUUGUACUUAAAAGCAUGAUGAAAGAGAGUGAAUUGUAUGUCAUACGUUUCACUUUAAAAUGGAAGUCCUAAUCCUGGCAUGUUUUUAAUCUGUGAUUAUUUCGUAUAUUAUGUUGCUCAAAGCUUGUAAAAAAAGAAAUCUCGACCCCGUUUCUGGUGAGCUAGGCGGCCAUUCCAAUGUCUGAUAUUGACAAAUUUAUAAUACAUUUAAUAAUUGGUUUGUAUAAAAUAAUGAAAUGUCAAAUGAGGUCAGCCAUAAGGUUUUUCUGAUAUUCAGAGAUAUUUAUUCUUAAUGAUUAUGAUGCCUACAGGACAUAGUUAUUACAUUAUAUCGACUAUUUAUGACUGGGACAUAGAAAAUAACGCAAUAGACUAUUACAAUUUAUAUGAAUAAAUCUUUUAAAAAUGAUCCAGAGGAAUCAGAUCUGGUAAUUUGACAGGCCACUUUGACUGACUCUUUCCUGAGUUCUAUCGCAUAGUAUCUGAAAUUUACAUCUGUAGGCCUUCUAGAUUUGACCAAGGAAGCUGCUGGCUGUGUUGACUACUAGCGACUAUUAAGCAUAAUUAACAAUGUCCAAGUUAGUAAAUUUUCUAUAGACAAGACAUCAUUAGUAGAACAUUAAAAUAAAAAUGACUUAACUUACUAACUACAUAUUUACUUGAGUGACUCUUUGCCAUGCUGAUUUUUAUUUAGCUGGCAGGCUUCUGCUGCUAACAGAGAGGAAGAGAGAGAAAGAGUACUUCAUAUUUUUAUUAUUAGUAAAUUAUAUUAGAUGAAUAAAAUUUUAUAAAACUUGAUGUAGUAUAUGUGGAUUCUUGGUAAAAUAUUUUGAAGAAGAAAUAUGUUACAUCAACAUUUCCUAUUUACUAUUAAGAUUUUCGAGUUUUGCCUUAAUAUACCAUAGUUUUAGGAAAAUACGAAAUAUUUUGUAAUGUACACUGCGCCUUUAGCUUUUGCCAGAUUUAUUACGAGAGAAUGUCUAUGAGGUUCACAUAUGGAACAUUAGCGGUUCAUUCUAUCGAAUAGAGAUUGGUAAGACAAUUUAAUGAUGAUGAGUGAGAAGUUUUGCAUACAGUACAGGAUAUUUUGAAAUGUUUAUAGAUUUAACUAAAUAAUAUACUGAGAUUAAUAUUACUAGACUUUUUUUGAUAGCACUGUAGCCAAAUUUUGUUUGUGAAGUAUUGAUUUUUUAACUGUAACGAGAGUAUUACUUCGAGGUUUAUAUUACAAUUCAAACUAAGUAAGUACAAAAAUAAAAACUACUAAAAGUAACUGCUCUCAAUAGUUUUUAAUUUGUUGUACUGAAGUAUUUUGUGAUAAACUUGUAUAUUUUAUUUAUAUGGUUUAUGGGAUUAAUAAGGUCUCCAAUAAAAAUUAUUUUUCAACA